GUGGGGGGGGGGAAACAAGGAGAAAAGGAGGAGAACAUAUUAAAAAAGUGUUUUCUGGAGAGAAGAAGUAGUUAAAGUGACUGAAAGAGCGACAGAAGUAGAAAAAGAGCGACAGAAAGAGAGCGAGAGGGCGCGCGUGGCUUCCACUUCUUCCUCCAUGUCGCUCCCCGGAUCCCCUCCGCUUCUCUCGCCGGCUUCGGGAGCUCCUCCUGCAGGCGCGCUGUACCGCUCGGCUCCGGAGCCGCUCCACACCUCCGCCGCCUCCACCGGCACUUCCAGUCCGGCAGCAGCGCACAACUCCCAUUCACUCUCCCCUCCUCCGCGGCUGACCAGCGGCAUGCUCAGCGCCUUCCUGCCCGGCCCCGGAGGCGCACUGGGCGCCUUGGGCAACGGCGGCACAGCCCCUCUGGUGUCCGCAGGCGGGACCGCUCUGGCUCCACUCACCGGCUUCGGCUCGCUGACUCCCGGAUCCCCCGGCUUGGGACAGCCCUCCUCCAACUCGGGUCUGUGCAGUGAGUGUAAGUUAGUGGAGGUGCACGGCGUGAAGGUGGCCAGCUUCAGCGUGGACGGCCAGGAGCUGAUCUGCCUGCCGCAGGUGUUCGACCUGUUCCUGAAGCACCUGGUGGGCGGGCUGCACACCGUCUACACCAAGCUGAAGCGGCUGGACAUCACGCCGGUGGUGUGCACCGUGGAGCAGGUGCGUGUGCUGCGCGGGCUCGGAGCCAUCCAGCCCGGCGUCAACCGCUGCAAACUCAUCUCCAGGAAGGACUUCGACACGCUGUACCAGGACUGCACCAGCGCCAGCUCUCGUCCGGGCCGUCCUCCGAAGCGUUGUUCUGGGGCAGGGAUCCAGGAAAGCUCCAGGCUGCUGCACCCGGGCCUCCCCGGCCUGCUGUCCCCCAACCUGCUCUCACACACCGGCCUGACGGCAGCAGCUAUGGCUGAGCUCCAGAAGCUUCAGAAGAUGAAGAUGAUGAUGAGUCUCCAAAAUGGCAACGAGUCAGACAACGACGAUUUACACUCAAAUGCAGGAGGCAGCGAGUGUUCCUGGGAUAAAGACCGACUGACCAGUCCGCCCUCUGGAGCUCACAGUGGAGGAGGAGCAGGAGGAGCAUCAGCAGGAGGUGGCAGAGAAACAGGAGGAGGAGGGAGGGGGCCAGCCAUUGGAGCUGCCAAUCAACAGCAGCUCCAGCAGCAGCAGCAGCAGCAGCAGCAGCAGCAACAGCAGCAGCUACUAGCUAACAGGUUGGACCUGCCUUUCAUGAUGAUGCCCCACCCUCUGAUGCCCAUGGGGUUACCGCCGGCGUCUGUAGCCAUGGCGAUGUCGCAGAUGAACCACCUCAGCACGAUUGCCAACAUGGCCGCCGCAGCCCAGCAGAUACAUACGCAUGUACACCGCGCACCGGUCAUCAAGGAGCGGGUUUGUGACAGUCCUUCUCUUUCUCCAUCUGUUGAUGAAACAAACACUCCUCUGCAGUCUCGGCCCAGCAGCUCCGCCUCCAGCUCGCCCGAAAGACUCGGGUUGGUGUCAGCUGAUGCAGAUGUUGCACUGACCAACCCUGCUGCACCCAUCAAGAAAACGAUAAAGGACAAAGAAGAGUCACCGCUGGGACAAGCCCUGCCCCCCGGCUUUCCUGCUCCCUUCCUCUUUGCAGACGGCCUUUCUUCAGUGGAGACUCUGCUCACCAACAUACAGGGUUUGUUGAAGGUGGCGGUGGAGAACGCCCGAGCUCAGGACAAACAGAUCCAGGCGGAGAAGAGAGAGCUGAAGAUGGAGCUGUACAGAGAACGAGAGAUGAGGGAAAGUCUGGAACGACAGCUCACCUCUGAACUCCAGAGUAGAGCUUCCAUCCAGAAACGACUGAAGAAAGAGAAGAAAGCCAAGAGGAAGCUGCAGGAGGCGCUAGAGUUCGAGUCGAAGAGGAGGGAGAGAGUAGAGGACGCCCUGAAACACUCGUCCUCCUCGUCCCCGUCACCCGAGCCGCUGCACCCCGCAAACAAAUCCAAGAACGACGCUGCUGUAGCCGAAGACAAACCAGAACUUAAUGGAAACCAGCAAGACAACGGAGCCAUGCAAGAAUCCCGGUCAUUUCUCAAGACACCCAUGAUGUUCUAGAGCAGCGGAAGCCCCGCCCCCUUCCUGUCCUACACAGACGACACCCACCAGCCUGUUUCUGUAGCAGACUACAUCACCGCAGCGAUAACAUCGAGAUGUUUUUCCUACAAAACAAUGACGACUAAAGGAGCUGCCCUCCCCCCCCCACGUGUGGAGGCACCGGGGUCGUCCUUCUUGAACUUUGCUCCUCUUUCUGCCCCUGCAUCGUGAUGUCAUCACUCGCUACCAAACUGAAAAU